GCAUUGAAGAAUUGGCAGCAGCCCAUACAAUGAAGUUCUGCUCCUCAGCUAUAAGUUUACUAGGCCAAGUGGAAUAAACCGUUCAGGACGGUGCAUACGAGGUUUAGAUGGUUAAUCACACAGUAACAAUACCGCAUUUCGUUAAAUUAGUUAGUUUAGAAGAACUUAACUAACGUUACCAUGACAAAAGAAAGUAGCUGACUAGCUAGCGACUGUGCUAAAUCAAAAUAUUUGCAUAGAAACUUUAUUUUUGACGGCUGAGUUGGACGAAAAACCUUCCUGUGGUGUCAGCUGUGGGCAAACGUUGGAGUUUGCGAGAUUCGUGAACUUUUGAAAGACUUUUUAGAGCACAAAAGCGACUGGGAAUGUCGUGUCGGAGUGGAGUGGCCCGGGUGGGUAAUCAAGGACUGCAGCCCCUCCGAGCCACGGUUCCGUUUCAGCUGCAGAACCGAUCAGCACUGCGCUGCAAAGACACCAAAACAGCUGAAUGCAAGACAAAGGGCCGUCCGCCGAAGCCAACCUUACGUCGGACCUUGUCUCUGGACACUUUGGUGGGACCGUACCUGCAGGGCAACUGGCCAAGAGAACCAGAGUGUCAGCCUGUUACCUGUGUCAACGACAAAGCCACACAGACUCCCAGUUCCUGGAUUGAGGAGACGCGGGGGCGGAGAGGAGGCGGCGGACAUAAGCGCUCGGCAUCAUGGGGGAGCGCCGAACACCUACGAGAGGUUGCUAAACUUCGCCAGUCCUUACAGAAACGCUCCAGACAUGCGCCUCCUGCCAUGGACUGUGAACACACACACCAAAACAUACACAACAGCCAAACACACACUCCUGGAAGUACACAGACGAUGCCUUUGAUUCCUCUGAGUCGACUGGCUCCCAGACUAAGGCGCAGUGUGGAAGGACUGAACCUGGAGUUGGAGGGAGUCUUUGUGUCUGAAACUGCAAAAGAACAGCACAAAAUUCUGGAUGUACCAGAUGGUCACAGAGCCCCCGUUCCAGUCCAGAGGUACAGCAGCGCUUCACAGAGUGACCCUUCUCCUGCCCAGCUGUCCCCCUCACACUCGCCCUGCACCAUCACAGACACCGAUAUGGUUGUGUGCGGGCCGCUCUGUCCCGCUUCCUCUCCUCCUUCAUGUAUGUCUGAGCCACCAUCGUCUUCUCCUCGUCCCAACAUGACAUACGUGUUUCAGAGAGAGCCUCCAGAGGGCUGUGAGAGAGUGCGCGUGUCUGAGGAGGCCAUCCUUCCCCAUCAGGGAAACGCUCCUCUUCAGCCUUCCUGUCCCGACCCGAACAAGGUGAAUUUCACGCCUCACGGUGGCUCCGCCUUCUGCCCCGUCAGUCUCCUCAAGCCCCUCCUCCCUUCAAUGGACCUGUUAUUUCGUGGCCUGUCGGUUUCACCAGUCACUGGCUGUUCGGCUCAAAGCGUCGCCCCUCUCCAGCCAGCAGGACAUGCUGUGGGCGGCUAUUUGAGCGGCACCCUCCCAGACUCUCUAUGAAUAGGGCAUAAGCAAAAGAUCGUCGUGCCUUUGUCCCCUUUUAUCAGAGACACUGACAUUAAAAGUGUCUCAAAGAGAAGUGCCAUCAAACAGAGAAGAAUGAAACGGACAACUCUUUGUGAUCUAAAACUAUGGUGAACUUACUCCGAUGUGAUUGGCUGGUGACUUUUUGACCUCAGGACACUCCACUCGGCACUUGCGAUCAUUUCGUUUCACAUUAUAGCAUUUAUCUAUUGCUAUAUAUUCUAUAAAUCGGUAUUAAUGACAAUUCCGCAUCUGUAUAAGAUUAUAUUUUUAUGAAAAGACAAUAGUCAGGCUGAACAUUGAGUAUAUUUUGUCAUAUCAUAAACCAUAUCAAACCUGAUCCACUCCAUGAUGAUUUUACAGAGCUGUGGAUCAGUCAACAUCGAUAUCAGAUGUGUAGUUCCUAAUUCAGUAUUUAAAGGCGCAGCUCUUUUUAGCAACACAAAAGAGACACUAAUAGUCUGUCAUCAGCUGUUUAUCACAGUGGCAUUUCAUCCCGACUACUGAACUUUCAGGUGUUGUGAAGGCCGGGUUUGUUUCGUCUAUUUAGUAGAUGAGAAUAUGCGCAUUUAGACGUCAUUAGGCUGAACUCAGAACUGCAGAUGUUUCAUGGAUGUCAACAAGUGUUCAGUGAGAAGCUAAGAUUCAGAGAGUAAGAGGGUGAAUCUUAUUAAGCUCAUCAGGAAAGUGCUCCCUUCAUAUUUCAGAACAAAAGAAAAGGGAAAAACAAUUGAUCACUUUUUUUUUUCUUUCACAUUGCGUCAAUUUUUCGGACUCGAAUAUUUUGUUACUGUAUUAAAGUAAAAAUAAAUAUAUAUAAAAAUGUAUAGGUGCUAAAAUAGACUGUUGUUUUUCUGUUGUAUCUUAUUAGCUUGGACUGAAAUAUGAUGGGGAUAUUUUCUGUGUAGAUUCCUUAAGAUUCACCAAACCAUUUAAAGCCUGUUGUAAAGGGAAAGGCAGAGGUCAUUAUUUCAUUAUUUGCUCACACUUAAAGGGAUAGUCCAUGCAAAAUCUGAUCAUUCUGGCAUUUUUACUCUCCCUCAAGUUGUUUUCAACCUUUCUGAGUUGAAAUCAAAGGAAGAUAUUUUGAAAAAAAUGUAAAACCUGUAACCAUUGACUUCCUUAGUAGGAAAAAUAAAUACUAAAUAAUAGUCAAUGGUUACAGGUUUUCAGCUUUUAUCUAAUUUUCUAUUUGAAUGAAGAAAGAAACUCGGGAAAGUUAGAAAAAACCACUAGAGAGAGUAAAUAAUAAGAGAGUUUUGAGUGAAUUCUCCCAUUAGGUGUAAGACCCCAGGACCCCAUUAUGAUUUUGUUUUGAAAUAUGAUGGGGGUAUUUUCUUUGUAGAUUCCUUAAGAUUCACCAACCCUUUUAAAUCGUGUUGUAAAGAGAAAGGCAGAGGUCAUUAUUGCUUUUUUGCUCGUACUUUAAAGGAUAGUCCAUGCAAAAAUGUAAUAUUCUGGCACUUUUUACUCUUCCUCAAGUGGUUUUACACCUUUCUGAGUUUCUUUUAAACACAAAGGAAGAUAUUUGGAAGAAAGCUGAAAGCCUGUAACCAUUCACUUCCUUAGUAGGAAAAACAAAUACUAAGUCAAUGGUUACAGGUUUUCAGCUUUUAUCUACUUUUCUGUUUGAAUGAAGAAAGAAACUUGGGAGGGUUUAAAACCACUUGACGUAGAGUAAUAUUUACAGUUUUGAGUGAAUUCUCCCAUUAGGUGUAAGACGAGAAACCCACCAGGACCCUGUUAUGAUGUUAUUUUGAAAUAUGCUGGGGAUAUCUUUGUAGAUUAUUUAAAAUUCACCAACCCUUUUAAAGCGUGUUGUAAAGGGAAGGGCAGAGGUCAUUAUUUCUUGUUUGCUCGCACUUAAAGGGAUAGUACACGCAAAACUGAUCAUUCUGGCAUUUUUUUACUCUCCCUCAAGUGGUUUUAAACCUUUCUGAGUUUAAAUCAAAGCAAGAUAUUUUGAAGAAAGCUAAAAACCUGUAACCAUUGACUUCCUUAGUGGUUACAAGUUAUCAGCUGUUUUUCUGAAUAUCUAUUUUUAUGUUUGAGUGACGAAAGAAACUCUGGAAGGUUUAAAACCACUUGAGCUAGAGUAAUGAAUUAAGUAAUGAAGAGUUGAAUGAAUUAUCCCAUUAGGUGUAAGAUGAGAAAACCAGCAGGACCCUAUUAGGAUUAUAUUUUGCUGCACACUUGAUGAGUGUGCCGUUUGAUUUACUGUAAGACUCGACUACUGUUCUUAAAGUAGUCUUUAUUGUUCAGUUCAUUUGAGCUCCAAGCUGUUUGUAGAAACACUUUACGUAGGACACAAGCAAAUCUGCUGCAUUCAGGUACAGUAUGUUCAUCAUUGAGACUUCCAGCAAAUGAUUAUUUGCUGCCAUUUAAAGCACUGACCUUUAUGAUCACAUAACUAUAUCUAUAUUUGCAUGGAUUGUGUCUCAGUCUUGACGUCAUUUGUUUUGUUUUUUAAGGUUUCACUUGUUAAGUUUGUUCUUUAAUUAAGAGUGCUGUUUUAAUGACACUGUUCUCAGACUGUUAAUGUUAUCUAGAGUACAGUUACUGUACACCAAACCUUGUUCCAUGUAUUGUGUAUGUAUGCUACUCAGUUUUGGCCAGCAUAAAUGAGAAACAAGCUCAACAA